AUGGUUUCUGGGUGGAGCACAAAGGGUUAUAUGGCAUGCCCUAUGUGCAAGGAAGAUGUAACUUCUAGUUGGCAUGCCGGAAAAGUUUGUUAUCUUGGUCAUCGGAGAUGGUUGCCAUGGGACCACGAAUGGCGGGAAAAGGAUAAAGAGUUCGACGGGAACACAGAGCCUCGCCUUAGACCUAGAGAAUGGUCUGGUGAUGACAUCUUGGAACAGCUUAACCGUUUGGAUUUUGCUCCGUUCGGCAAAACAGUUAGUCGAACCAGACCUUCUACACAUAUGAACUGGACGCACAAGUCUAUGUUCUUUGAGCUCCCAUAUUGGUCGAAACUAAAAUUGAGACACAAUCUCGACGUUAUGCAUGUUGAGAAAAAUGUGUUUGACACUUUGAUAGGUACGAUUCUAGACAUCGAGGGCAAGACAAAGGACACGAUCAAAGCUCGUCUUGAUUUGGAAAGAAUGGGCAUACGAAGAGGUUUAUGGAUGAACAGGGACGGUGAUAAAGCUAGAAGGGAUCUGGCAUUUUUUUCCAUGAAACCGAAUGACAAAAAAGAAUUUCUAAAGUUUGUAUUGUCGGUAAAGUUUCCCGAUGGGUAUGCUUCUAAUAUCGCGCGUUGCGUGAAUGUUGACGGGGGUAAAUUUACUGGACUUAAAAGCCAUGAUUGCCAUGUGUUUAUGCAACGGUUACUUCCUGUGGGUAUUCGACACCUAUUGCCGGAAGAUGUAGUGAAGCCGAUCAUGUUGUUGUCCAGAUUUUUUUCCCAACUGACGGCAAAAACAUUGCGAAAGACGGACAUGCAUCAAUUGCGCCAUGACAUUGUCCAAGUCCUAUGCAAGUUUGAGAUGAUAUUCCCUCCAGCUUUCUUCACAAGUAUGAUCCACGUGAUGGUUCAUUUGCCAGAAGAGGCAUUGCUUGCUGGUCCUGUCAACUAUCGUUGGAUGUAUCCAAUAGAAAGGCUGCUUGGAGAGCUGAAAAAAACUGUACGCAACAGGGCGAAGCCCGAAGGGUCAAUUAUAGAGGCUUGGGUUCAAUAUGAGUCGCUUACUUUCUGUGGAAUGUAUUUACAAGAUGUGGACACAGCUUUCAAUCGUCCUCAACGCAAUAAUGACGGAGGUGUGAGAAAUGAGAAACUUUCUGUUUUUGCCCAAAGAGCACGACCAUUUGGAGAUCCUGUACGAGGAGAGUCGUUUUCCAUAAAUGACAUGCAGGUAGCACAUUGGUUCGUACUGAACAAUUGUGAUGAGAUAAUGGCAUACUUAGAUGAGCAUGAAGAGAUGAUGAAGCGAGAACAUCCAUCACAUUUGUAUGCCACGAAACACCGUGAAUUGUUUCCACAAUGGUUUUUGAAAACUGUCAACAAGUUGAAAUCAUCGAAUUCCCCCACUUACAGUGAAGAGUUAUAUAACUUGGCGUUCGGCCCAAUUCGGGCUGAAUUGUUCUCGGGUUGCCAUGUUAACGGCAUCAAGUUUUUAGGGGCUGCACGAGAUGACAAGUUGUGUACGCAAAACAGCGGUGUCCAUGUCCCAGGUGGAGGCGAAAGUACGGACAUUGAUUUCUAUGGCAAACUCACAACGGUCGUGCAAUUGCUUUACAAAGACCGAUACCAAGUGAUCAUGUUUAAGUGUCGAUGGUUUGAUACAAACCCAAAUAGGCAGGGAAGUGUUAAAAUCGACCAUGGCUUAAUAUCAGUGAACAUUAACAGAACUUGGUAUGAUGACGACCCUUUCAUUUUGGCAAACAUGGCAAAACAGAUUGUGUAUCUAGAUGACCCUAAAGCCGGGAGCGGUUGGAAAGUUGUUCAGCAUAUGGAUCAGAGGAACGUGUAUGCUAUACCAGAACUAGACCCAACUGACAAUGACGUCACUGACCACGACGUCACUGACCAACGUUUGGAGUCUUCCAUGGAAAAUGAUGCAGAAACACUUCGAGAUACAAAUGUUAUACAAGAACCAUUUCAGGUUCAAGGAGUGUCUUCAAUCGAAAUACCGAUUCAGUCAAUUACAAUUGACCUCGGUGAUCUUCCGCGAUAUGAUGUUUCAGUGGGCCCGAACUACGAAAGUGAUGAGGAGGAGGAUUGGGAAACCGAAAGUGAUGAUAGCGACGAUAACGAAGGUUAUUAUAGUUCAGAUGAUGAAUAA